UUGAGAGAUUUUUCUUUGAAAAUUGCAGUCGUUUUAGCCGGUGGGACAUCGCCGAUCGGAUGACGAUUUUUCCGGCUGGAUUCGCUGCUUCCGGCUACAGUAAAAGCGAAAAGGGAAAGAAAAAGAAAAAAAAAGAAAGGGACAUCAGUGGCCGGUGAUCUCCAUCUGGGCCUGCAUUGGUGCGUGAUGACAGUGGGGAUCCGCCACUUCUCUAUUAACUAGUCAUUAUUGUUACGUCACAGCAGACAGCAGGAGCGGCAGCGCCAGCUGAGGGGGUGCUGUUCUCGUUGAAUAAACUCCUCUCUCUCUCUCUCCCUCUCUCUCUCUGUGCUGCUACUGGCUGCUGGUAUGGCCUAAAGAAAAAAGUGCCGUCGUAAUGCCGCUCAUCAUCGACACCGUCAUUGAUUAUCGUCCUUAAAGUCUGUUGAGCCUUCGCUUUGUUAUUCUCUCUGCCGUCGCCCCCACCAAAUUUACCAGACGCAGAAGCCAAUCUUGUUCCUUCAGAGGAAAGAAAGAGAGAGAGAGUGUCUGUGUGCUUUGGAAUCAAAUCCAUACUAAAGGAAGAAAAGAAAAAGUGCGGCAUUCUGCAGACUUUGGUUUCUUGAAAGAGAAAGAGAGAGUGAAUGAGUGAGUGAGUGAGUGCGUAUGUGUAUGUUGGAAUCAGAUCCAUACAAAAGGAAGAAAAGAAAAAGUGCAGCCUCCUGCAAAUUCUGGUGUUUUGAGAGAGACGGAGAGAGAACAGGUACGAAAUUAAGGAGGUAGAGCAGGAACGAGUUUAAAGAGGCAGAGCAGAAACGGAUCUGACGAGGUUAGGGCAAAAUCAGGAGGAUCGGGACUAGGUGAGUGUUGACUGAUCCUGCCGGUGGACCCGUGCCUUGAUUUUGUACUGUUGUGGAAGAUCGUGCCGUUAAUGGAGGAAAUUGACGAGAUUGUCGACGGCAGAUCUGAAGUAGGCAAACUUGAGAAAGAGUGCGCGACUGGGAGUUUUGUAAGAUUUGUUUUGGUUUGUGGACGGUGAUCUAUUCGUCUGGGGUGAAGUUGUUAGAGUCUUAUUGGUGUUCGUCCGGGGAGGGAUGGCGGCGAGGCGUGCGUCGUCUGGCCUCGGCGGCCAAAGGAGUAUGGCUGGGAGGUUCAGGGUUUCGCUCGCUGUUUUUCUUGUCCUUUCGGUCAUGGUGCCUCUCUGCUUCCUCGUCAUCAGAGGCAGGAGGUCGGCUUCGACCGGUAACGUGGAUUUCCUUGAUUGGCCUAACGGACAGGUCUUGGACUGGAGGAAACAACUUGCUUUGCUACAGAUUGAACCCCUUCUUUCCAAAGAGGUUCUUGAUGUUGUCACAGCCAAUAUGGAUGACUCUGGUCCUUUGAGUCUCAAUUUCUUAGCCCAUAAUGGUUUGCCUUCUUCAUGGAUAUCUGAUGAUGCUGAUCAUAUUGAGGAGAAUCAAGUCCCCAGUUCCUUAAAAGAAGCUACAUCUGCCAAGGACAUAGUUACUGAUGGUCAUACAGGAACUGAACACAGAGCAUCUAAGGGUACAGAGACCCGAGGAGAGUCUGGACUUGCUCAUGCUCAGACUACUGACACGCCUGAAAAGUUAGCCCGGAGGAUGUUAAGACAGAGGCGGCGAGAAAAGAGGGCAACUGAGCUGGUUCAGCAAGAUAGUGAAGCUACUGUUAAGCUUGAAAAUGCUGCCAUUGAACAUUCAAAAAUGGUGGACUCUGCAGUACUUGGGAAGUAUAGCAUAUGGAGGAAGGAUAAUGAAAAUGAAAAUUCUGAUGGGACAGUAAGAGUCAUAAGAGACCAGAUAAUCAUGGCGAAGGUUUAUGCAAGUAUUGCCAAGACAAAGAACAGAAGUGAUCUAUAUGAAGAACUAAUGCUUCGUCUGAAAGAGAGCCAGCAUUCUUUGGGAGAUGCCAGUGUUGAUGCAGAUCUCCACCAAAGUGCAGCUGAGAAGAUGAAGUUAAUGGGUAGCACAUUGUCAAAAUCUAGGGUGCAUGUUCAUGAUUGUGCACUGGUAACCCAAAGGCUACGAGCAAUGCUUCAGUCUGCAGAUGAACAGGUGAGAAGCUUGAAGAAGCAGAGCACAUUCUUGAGCCAACUUGCUGCUAAAACCAUCCCUAAUGCCAUUCAUUGCCUAUCCAUGCGCUUGACAAUUGCCUAUUAUAUGCUUCCUCCUGAGAAGAGGAAGUUCCCUAACAUGGACAAACUGGAAGACCCAAGUUUGUAUCAUUAUGCCCUGUUCUCGGAUAAUGUGUUGGCUGCAUCUGUUGUUGUUAACUCAACCAUAAUGAAUGCAAAGGAACCAGAGAAACAUGUAUUCCACUUGGUUACUGACAAGCUGAAUUUUGGGGCCAUGAAUAUGUGGUUUUUGCUCAAUGCUCCUGGAAAGGCCACAAUCCAUGUUGAAAAUGUUGACGAAUUUAAAUGGUUAAAUUCAUCAUAUUGUCCUGUCCUGCGGCAGCUCGAAUCUGCAGCAAUGAAAGAGUACUAUUUCAAGGCAGAUCAUCCAACGACUCUUUCAGCGAGUUCCUCUAAUCUCAAAUACAGAAAUCCAAAAUACUUAUCCAUGUUGAACCAUCUUAGGUUCUAUCUCCCACAGGUUUAUCCGAAGUUGGAUAAGAUUUUAUUUCUGGAUGAUGACAUUGUAGUCCAGAAGGACUUGACUCCACUAUGGUCAGUUGAUCUGAAAGGCAAGGUAAAUGGUGCAGUGGAGACUUGCGGAGAGAGCUUCCAUCGGUUUGAUAAAUAUCUCAACUUCUCCAAUCCUCACAUAUCGAAGAACUUUGACCCAAAUGCCUGUGGUUGGGCAUAUGGGAUGAAUCUCUUUGAUUUGAAAGAGUGGAAGAAAAGGGACAUCACCGGUAUCUAUCACAAGUGGCAGAAUAUGAAUGAGGAGAGGACGUUGUGGAAGCUUGGGACACUACCUCCUGGUCUUAUAACAUUUUAUGGAUUGACGGAACCAUUGGAGAAAUCAUGGCACGUUUUGGGGUUGGGCUACAACCCUAGUGUGGACCGUUCUGACAUAGAAGAUGCUGCCGUUAUUCACUACAACGGAAACAUGAAGCCCUGGCUAGAGAUUGCAAUGUCCAAGUACAGGCCAUAUUGGACCAAGUACAUAAAGUAUGACGACCCUCAUAUCAAGUCCUGCAGGCUUAGUGACUAAGAUUGUGGUAUAAGUUGCUAUCUUCUCGGAGGAGAUCGGCUUGUAAAAGGCAAGGACAGAAUGUGGGGGUGGGCCUACACGUAAACCACAGUAUGUUUCUAUGUGCACCCUCCGUUUUGUCAUUCAUUCCAUUCAUUUUCCAACAGAGGAAAAACAAAUAUUUUUCUGAAACAUUGAUCACAUGUAUAUACUAAUAUAUCAAUUAGCAUUGUCA